AUGAAACUCUCCAAAUCCUUCCUCAACCCCAACGGCCGAGCUGCCUCCUUCUUCUUCCUCCGCCGCCGCUCCAGAAGCGGCGGCCCAUCCACCGCCGACAACCCCGAGCCGUCCUCCCCCAAAGUAACCUGCAUCGGGCAGGUGAGGGUGAAAUCGAAGAGGAGAGGGAGGCAGCACCGCCGGAGCCUCUCUCAGCGGCGGACGGGGGAGGCGAGCUUCCGGAGGGCGGAGCAGCUGCAGGAAGAGCGUAAGAACCAGAGGUGGGUCCACCUGCCGGCGUCCGCAAUGCGCGCCUUCGGCUCCGAGUUCACCUGUUUGUUGUUCCCCUGCUGUUGUAGCCAUUGUCGAAUCACCAAGAGCGGAUGCUGUUGUUGUUGUUGUAAUGAUGGUAAUGAGUGUUGGGAAGAAAGUGGGGCGGUUUUGGGGAGAUGCCUGGUGUGCGGCGGUGGGCGGCGGAGGGAGAUUGAGGCCAUGUCCGGCUGCGGAGACGCGGCGGCGUCGGAGACGGCGGCGGCGGAGGAGAGUAUGUGUGUGUGGAAUUGCAGGAGGCAGCAUGUGUUUGAUAAUAUUGAGGUUAGGAAUGGAAGAAUUGAGGUUAGAGGGCGGAGUUUGGAGGUUGAAGAUGAAGAAGGGAAAGAAGAAAGGGGGAGAGUGAGCAUUUCUAUACCUCCGAAGAAUGCGCUUUUGCUUAUGAGGUGUAGAUCUGAUCCCACCAAAAUGGCUGCUCUUGCUAAUAGGUACUGUAAUUGGGAGCAUACAAAUCACGGGGAUAUUCAAGAAGAAGAUGAAGAUGAUGAUUAUGGAGAAGCAGGGAAUUUGGUGUUAGAGAAAUUACCAGAAAGUGUGUGUGAAGGUGAAAUGGGAGUUGUUGAGCAAGAGAUCCAAAAUGAGUUGAAGCCUCAGUUGGAAAAUGAUUUUGAAGAGAAUGUAGUGGAUAAUAGUGAGGAACAGGACCAUGAAAUUAGGGCCAAAGAUGAUGAGGAAAAAGAAGAGGUUAAGUCAAAUAUGUCCUCAUUUGAAGCUCUGUUAGACCAAGAAAACUUGGAUUGCAACUACCAAGAAAAUGUAGAAGAAACCAAUUUGGCCACAUCACUAGCUGAGAAAGAUCAAGAAGAAGAAGAGAAAGAAACAGAGGAAACGACUCUUGAAGAAGAUGAAAAACAAGAACAAAUCGAAACCCCAAAAGAUCAACCACUCGUAAACAGCGAGCAAUUAGAAAACAGUAAGGAAGAACAUGAAGAAGAAGAAGAAGAAGAGCGGAAGCAAGUGCUGCCCGAUUGCCUGCUGCUGAUGAUGUGCGAGCCCAAGCUAUCAAUGGAGGUCUCCAAGGAGACCUGGGUCCGGGGCGCCGACUUCAUCAGGUGGCUACCUGAGCGGCCGCGCCGGCUGGCCAGAGCCGCCGCCGGCGCCUGCGAGCACCAUCAGGCCGGGGGAAGGCCGCCUCCGCCGCCCGCCGCCGACCCGAGGACAAAGAGGCCGGUUCCUGUCCCGGCUCCGCCCGCCAGGAAGAGCGACGGCCACCGCCAUCAGCCGCCGCGGUUGUCGUGCUCGCUUCCGGCGGCGGCGCCGCCGAUGGCUCCCUGUAGACCGGGGCCUUUCGCGCUGACGAGGUGCAAGUCGGAACCGAUGAGUACAGCGGCCGCCAAGCUGGCGCCGGAGCCGUGCGUGUGGGGAGACGGCGGCGGCGGCGGCGUGAAGCUGGAGGCGCACGGGCGGGCCGCCGUCGGCGGGGCUGGAGUUGGGUUCUGA